AGUUUUUUUCAAGGGAGAGGAAAUCCUAAGGAAAUGUGUGGGAUCACGCUCUCUGUUUCCAAGUAGCCAGGGCAUUAUUGACAAACUAUUUUCAUUGUCUGACGUUAGUUUGUGGUGCAUACCGAUCGCUUGAUAAAAACACAGGUGUGGUGACCGACAAGUAAGGGGGGGAAUAGGGGAAGAGACCGUCGUUUGGGUCAAAAUGUCGAUUCAGUACGAUGUGGAACAGCUGGCUGACAGCUACGGGGUUGCGGACUCGUUCCCCAAAGAUUUCGGUUAUGGAGAAGAGGAGGCCGACAUCGAGGACAGCCCGGCGCCGUCCGACAGCAAACCGAGAAUCCUACUCAUGGGGUUGAGGAGAAGUGGCAAAUCCUCGAUACAGAAGGUGGUGUUCCACAAAAUGUCUCCCAAUGAGACCUUGUUCUUGGAGAGCACCAACAAGAUCUACAAGGACGACAUCUCCAGCAGCUCAUUCGUCAACUUCCAGAUUUGGGACUUCCCAGGCCAGGUUGACUUCUUCGACCCCACCUUCGACUACGAGAUGAUCUUCAGAGGAACUGGGGCUUUGAUAUUUGUCAUCGAUGCUCAGGAUGACUAUGUGGAGGCUCUGGGUAGGCUUCACCUGACAGUGUCACGAGCCUACAGGGUAAAUCCAGAGAUUAAUUUUGAGGUGUUUAUCCACAAAGUGGACGGCCUCUCAGACGAUCACAAGAUUGAGACCCAGAGAGACAUCCACCAGAGAGCCAAUGACGAUCUGGCCGACGCUAGCCUAGAGAAGCUGCAUCUCAGCUUUUACUUGACAAGUAUUUACGACCACUCCAUCUUUGAGGCCUUCAGCAAAGUGGUGCAGAAGCUCAUCCCUCAGCUCCCCACUCUGGAGAACCUCCUAAACAUCUUCAUUUCUAAUUCAGGGAUAGAAAAGGCCUUUCUGUUUGAUGUGGUCAGUAAGAUCUACAUUGCCACAGACAGCUCACCUGUAGACAUGCAGUCCUACGAACUGUGCUGCGAUAUGAUUGAUGUGGUCAUUGACGUCUCCUGCAUCUAUGGCCUGAGGGAGGACGGCAGCGGCAGUGCCUACGACAAGGAGUCCAUGGCUAUCAUCAAGCUCAACAACACCACUGUGCUGUACCUGAAAGAGGUCACCAAGUUCCUGGCCCUUGUCUGCAUCCUGCGAGAAGAAAGUUUUGAGCGCAAAGGUUUAAUAGACUACAAUUUCCACUGUUUCCGGAAGGCCAUUCAUGAAGUAUUCGAGGUAGGCGUUUCCACCCAGCGUCCAGCGGGCCCCCAGGCUGUGGGCUCGCCCUGCAACAAGGCUGUCGCAUUGAACGGCACGCCGCGCAACACUGUCUAGACACUGAUGCAACACAAAAAAAUAAAAAGACGCAAAAAGAGGGUAGAGGAAAGAAAAGACAGAGAAGGGCCAGGGAGCCUGUAGAGGAGAGACUACUAAAGUGGGGCUCACUUGGUGCGCCAAUCACAAUCCCUUGCUCCCAGCAACCUAAAGCACUGAGAGACGGCUGGAGCCAGGAGAGUGUGGGAGCAGCACUGGAGCACUGAGGGGUCAGGCUUCUCAAGCUAAGAUGGAAGGGAAAUUCAAAGCAUCCGUUUCAGGCGAAUGCAAAGCACCGUGUUGGCUGUGAGGAAGUCGAGAGAGUAAAACUGCACCUGGACAAGGGAAAAGGUGUUGGGUAUCUCUCUUUGGAUUUCCUAAAGCGGUCAAAGACUGUGAUAUUUAGCUGCUGGUCUCUCUGUACGAACAAUGUGAAGAGGGAAAACCAACCCUUGUUGUAACCUCUUGCUAAGGACAAGCUGUGAUGACAGUUUGUGGGAAUCUUGUCUAGUGAUGAACCCACCCUGACCACUUCUGUGCUGAUUUAAAAAAGAAAAAAGAAAAAAAAAGAUGGUGGAUGUGAACUGCUAGUCCUAACCCACACAUGUUCAGAGAUGGCCUUAUGUAGAUAAAGCUUGACUGCAGUGCAAGCUUUCUCUCUCCACCACUCACCUCACCCUACCUGAAUGCUGCCCAAAACUCGCUUUUUGGUUUCACUCGUGAAGGGAAAACAUGGUUUUGUGAGCAGUCUGAAAAGGGAUUGUGCUGUCGACAACUAAUUUGGUCUUGUGUGUGCGUAUGUAGGUAUCUAUGUAUGUAUGCAUUUGUGUGAGUGCGUGUGUGUGUGUGUGUGUGUGUCAAUGAAAGGUUUUGAUUAGAUCCCAGACUGGGCUCCUUGUCUGUACUGGUGAAGGAACUUAAUGGAAAGAGUAUAUGUCCUUCCUCUCAAUAACAGCAGCUUAGCAUAAUUAAACUCUUUUCAAUCAGUGAAAGUAACUUUUGUGUGUGUGCUCCACUUAAAAUCAAAGUUUUGAUCGACUUUUCCGAUGAGUUUGGCGGGAAAUUUGGAAAUGGUCUCUGCAAAAGCACUGCCAAAAUCAGUAAGUAAUUCAGAAACAGUUAAAUUAUUUUUUAAAAAGUCAUGAUUUAAACCUUAUUUGUUGCCAUCUAAGAAAAAUGUAUUAGGUGUGGCUGAUGUGCAGGACUGAUGGAGGGGUCAACACUCCAAAUUGAUUGUCUAUGACAUUUUGGGAUGAUGAUACAAACUGGUUGAAACUUGCAUGUCUUUCCACCUACAGUUUGAGUCUUGCCCAAAAUUAUUAACCCAUGUUAUGUAUUUACUUUGGCUCUGAUUAGUAGUAUUCACAAAGAAAAAAACAAAAACAAAAUGUACCCAUUCCAAGCAUGCAUACAUCAGUGUGUUGUCAACUUAUACUGUUCUCAACCUUAACACUGCUCAUUGUAUUUAUCGAGGAAAUUAAACACAAAGGAGGAGGAAAAAGACCAAAUUUACUUCUGCCAUUACAGUAACACAUGCAAUGUUCAUGCCUGCAUUUUUCUGUUUAUAUCAGGGGGUGAGAUGUAGAAACUCAGACUGGCUGCAUCAAAAAAGACCUGAAACCUCAUGAGUGUUAUUUGGAUAACUUCGCAGAGUAAAACUGAGCAGUUUGUGUUCCAGAUUUUUAAGGUGUUCUGCGUUUCACUCCACAAAGGUAUUCAAAUAACUCAGUGAAUUUGCUUCUUCAGACAGGCCUCGUGAUCUUCUCAACCUUGUCAUUAUUGAUCACCUGAAAAUAAACACUUGCACAUCAGAAGCUUGAUGGAUGAUUGAUUUCAUGUAUUGUGAGCUAUACUGUGUGAAAUAAAUGAACAUUUAAAUUUU